AUGAUUCUUGUUUCCGGUUGCAUUUAGUUGCUUCAUUUUCCUGCUGGAUGUCGUGAGGGAAGAUAUAUAAAUCAUAAUGCCAACAUCAGUAGCUAAUCGGUUCCUACUCUUGUAUGGUUCCCAGACAGGUCAGGCAAAGGCAAUAUCUGAAGAAAUUGCAGAGAAAGCCAGGGACCAAAAUUUAUGUGCAGAUAUACAUUGUCUUAGUCUGACAGAGAAAAGGUUUUUUCUGGAGAGAGAGAAGUGUGUUGUCAUAGUAACUUCUACGACAGGAGAUGGUGAACCUCCUGAUACUGCUCUCAAAUUUGUUAGACGUCUGAAGAAAAUGUUACCAGAUGAUCACCUGUCACAUCUACACUAUGCCCUCUUAGGUCUUGGUGAUUCAAACUACACAAAUUUCUGUAAUUGUGGUAAAUCACUGGAUAAAAGAUUACAAGAUCUUGGAGCUAAACGAUUCUACGAGUCUGGCUGGGCUGAUGAUGCUGUCGGACUAGAGGUGGCAGUGGAGCCAUGGAUAGACGGCCUGUGGCCAGCUCUAAAACGUUUCCUAAAGCUACCAGGAGCAGAACUAGGAGGUGGUGAUGCUGAAAACAUAACUGUUGAUACACACAUUAUCUCUACCAAUAAUACAACAUUGACUGGUUCCACUGUGAUAGAAACUGGGAACAAGUCUACACAGUCUGAUAUUUCUAAAAAUAGCACUGUUCCAAUAUUGACAAAUGGAAAGAAAGAGGAAAAUGCUGAGUCAUCACAGAUGUCAUGUGAUAUUAACCAAUCAGAUUGUAAUAAUUCAUGUGUGACACAAACAACUUCUAGUACAAACAAGAUCAAUAUUGUACAUAAAACUGAAAACGGAACAUCUCACACUACAAGUACUGACUCUUCAAUAAAGAAAUGUGGUGUAGCAGUUUCUUUACCUCCAUUGUCAGAGAGUACUUUAACAGUUCCAUUACUUCCCCCUUCUUUUCUGAAGAUUGAAUUCCAUCCGCAGCAAAGUGUAAAUAUCUGUGAUAUACCAAGACAAAAUGGUUGUGAUUUCCCAUCAUCUGCUACACCUGUUACCAUGACAACUGUUAGUGAAAUAAAAACCCUGACAUCAGAUACUGCUGUAAAGAAAGCCAUGUUUGUGGAACUAGAUAUCAAAGAGAGUGAUAUCCAGUAUAAGCCAGGAGACAGUUUUUCUGUUGUCUGUCCAAAUGAUGAAACAGAAGUACAAUCUUUACUUACCAGGUUGAAUGUAUUGAGUGAAAUAGAUACAUGUGUAAAGAUCUCAGUGUUAGAGAAUACUAAGAAGAGAAAUGCUAGUAUACCCAAGUUUGUACCAGAAGUUAGUACAUUAAGGCAUAUCUUCACUACAUGUCUUGAUAUCAGGGAACCUCCAAAAAAGGCACUUCUAAGGGUAUUGUUAGAAUAUACAAGUUGUGUAGAGGAGAAAAGACGACUUCAAGAGUUAUGUAGUAAACAAGGGAAUGAGGAGUAUGCCAGGUUUAUUAGAGAGCCAUCACUGAGUAUAUUAGAUAUUUUAAACAACUUCUCCUCCUGCCAUCCACCAGUAGACAGGUUGAUAGAACACUUACCAAGGUUACAGCCACGACCAUAUUCUGUAUGUUGCUCAUCUUUAACCUUGACAGGAAAAAUUUCUUUCAUUUUCAAUGUUGUUGACAUUGAGGCUGAUAAUGGAAGAACCUAUUACAGAAAAGGGAUGUGUACUGGAUGGCUGGGAAGGAAUGUCUCAUUCUACAGAAAAGGAAUUGCAGAUCCUAGAGUCUACGGAGACGGAAAUAUUCCAAUAUUUGGAAGAACUAAUCAGAGUUUUCAUAUGCCUGAUGAUGUGACAGUACCAUUAAUUCUGAUUGGUCCUGGAACGGGUGUGGCACCAUUUAUUGGUUUCUUAGAUCACAGAUGUAGUGAGAGACAAACACUGACAGAUACAGAGUUUGGUGAAGUCUGGCUGUUUUAUGGUUGUAGACAUAAAGAUAGGGAUUAUCUCUUCAGAGAUAAACUAGCCAAUCAUCUGUCAACGUUAGUACUAACAAAGUUACAUGUGAGUUUUUCACGUGAUGAACUUCCAUCAGAGUCACCGAGAUAUGUGCAGGACAAUCUGAGGUUACACGGAGCGGAAGUUGUCUCAUUGAUAGAGGAGAGAAAUGCUGUAAUAUAUGUGUGUGGUGAUGCCAAAAAUAUGGCAAAGGAUGUUAACCAGGCAUUCAUUGAUAUUUUUGCCAAGUGUAAAGGUAUAACAAAUGAAGAGUCAAGUAAACUAAUUAUGAUGCUGAGAUUAAAUAGACGUUACAAAGAGGAUGUGUGGACUUGAAUAUGUGCUAUAUGUACUUGUAGAUGAGUGGACCUGAACAUUGUUAUAUAUAGAUGCGUGGAACUAAACAUGAGCUAUAUAUAGAUGUGUGGAACUGAACAUGAGCUAUAUAUAGAUACAUGAGCUAUAUAUAAAUGUGUGGAACUGAACAUGAGCUAUAUAUAGAUACAUGAGCUAUAUAUAGAUGCGUGGAACUAAACAUGAGCUAUAUAUAGAUGCGUGGAACGGAACAUGAGCUAUAUAUAGAUGUGUAGAACUAAACAUGAGCUAUAUAUAAAUGUGUGGAACUAAACAUGAGCUAUAUAUAAAUGUGUGGAACUAAACAUGAGCUAUAUAUAGAUACAUGAGCUAUAUAUAAAUGUGUGGAACUGAACAUGAGCUAUAUAUAGAUACAUGAGCUAUAUAUAGAUGUGUGGAACUGAACAUGAGCUAUAUAUAGAUACAUGAGCUAUAUAUAGAUGCGUGGAACUAAACAUGAGCUAGUUAUAGAUGUGUAGAACUAAACAUGAGCUUUUUAGAUGUGUGGAACGGAACAUGAGCUAUAUAUAGAUGUGUGGAACUGAA